AUGUUCUCUGCGUGUUCUCGGUGGCAUCUUAGAGCACUGGUGCUCUGGUAUGCUGUGAACUCGGACCGUGAUUAUUAUCACCAUCCUAUCCUCACCCAGUUACUCCCGGCUGGUCACUGUGCCUGUCGCACAACGACGGUGUUUGAGUGUAGUAGCUGUUUGGCCUGUUCGAGCCACGACCCGGCGGACCCCUGGGAGUUCGAGUACACGCGCGAUGGCAACAACGCCGGUCUCAGUCGCCGCCAAUGCAGCGCCGCCUUCCCCGGCCUCUUUGAAGACAUCAUUCGCGCGCGGUCCUACUGGACGACGCAAGGCGGUCUCUCGUCCGCAGACCUGGACGCAAUCCCCUUCCCACCCGGCAUGGCACGGGCGCGCAUCGCCCGAGGGGAGCUGUACGUGCUCCGGGCCCGCGCGCGGGGCGAGGACCACCGACGAAAGAUUGUGGCCGCGUUGAGCGCGAUGCACCGCGCCCUGGUGGCGGACCCGGACCGAGUCGUGCGCCCGGACAUCGAGUUUGUGUUUUCCGUGGAGGAUAAAGUCGAGGAUAUCAUGCGGACGCCCCCGGAGCAGCCCGUCUGGGUGCUGGCGCGGGCGGGCGACGAGGAGGCCGUCUGGCUGAUUCCGGAUUUCGGCUACUGGGCGUGGGAUCAGGUUGGGAAUGAGAUUGGGCCUUACGACCAGGUGGUCGACCAGGCGAUCGAGUAUGAUCGCAUCCCCUGGAGUGCGAAGCAGCGGCAGCUGGUCUGGCGCGGCAAGCCGAGUUUUGCUCCCAAGCUGCGACGGGCCUUGAUGGAUGCGACGCGCGACCAGACCUGGGCGGAUGUGCAGCCGGUGGAUUGGAAUGAUCGGUCGAAUGUGUUGAGCAUGGAGGACCACUGCAAGUACAUGUUUAUUGCACAUGUUGAGGGCCGCUCCUAUUCGGCGUCACUCAAGUACCGUCAGGCGUGUCGAUCGGUCAUCGUGGCCCAUCGCCUGCAGUAUAUCCAACACCAUCAUUACCUGCUGAUCUCGUCCGGUCCGCAUCAGAAUUUUGUGCAGGUUGAACGCGAUUUCAGCGACCUGGCCGAGCAGCUCGAACCCCUUUUGAACGAUGACCCCCGGGCGGAACUCAUCGCGAGCAAUAGCGUCCGAACCUUCCGGGAGCGCUAUCUGACAGCCGCCGCCGAAGCCUGUUACUGGCGGUCCCUCUGGGAUGGAUAUGGAGCCGUCUGGAACGGAACCGAGGGCGGAUCGAGCCGGCGAGGGCUUCGGUUUGAAUCAUUUCUAUUGCAAGGUAGUGAGGAGAUGGUGGAUUUUCGUUCUGGCGACUUUUCUCGGGGGCCCUGA